ACCUCUCAUUUCAUUGAGUUGUACAUGCUCUAGGCAUGAGAUGCUUCAGCUACAAGCCAUUGGAGUAUAUCUGGAUGGAAGUUGACCGAGAACACGACUCGGCCAGUGCCACCAGCUUGCCAUCCUAAUUAAUGUACCUGACGCAAGAGAAAUUAAAAAGAAGCACGACAACGGAUUGACAGCGCCCGCUGUGGACAUUGACGCGCUCGCGCUCCUCGGGCUAGCUAGGUGUCUCGGAUUGUCGUCCGCUGCCAAGUGCUGCGCUGUCCUGUCGCACUUGCACGUACGGUUGCCACCGCCGCGCGUGGGCUCAUGAUCCUCUCCCACUUGCAAACGCGUAGCCCCCUCCAUCCACCAUGCCGAUGCCGUCCACGACCACGGGCGGCGGCCAUGAUAGAUGUGUAUAACGUAACUGGAGAAGCCAAGCGCUUAGCUGGUGUCUGUUCCGGGAGCACGUUUUCGCCACCGAACUGAGAGACGAUCGGAUAUCCCACACAUAUAUAUACACGUAUUCCGACCGAGCUAAAGGGCGAAAGAGAGAGAGAGAGAGAGAGAGCAGUGUGCUUGUGGUGGCCAUGGGCAACUGCUUUGGCUCCAACGUGGCGGAGGUGGGGGCCGUCAAGGCGAUGGCGCAAGCCCAUCACGCGCACCCGCAAGUGGCGCUGGCGAAGCACGUCGUCAUGUCCGCCGCGCCGUCCAGUGCUGCCCAAUCCCAUCACGCCGCGGCGAGGCACCAGGGGGUGCCCGUGCCCGUGCCCGGGAAGUUGCCGCCGCCGGCCACGGCCACGGCCACGGGAGGCGCCGGCGGCAGCAGGCCCCCAGCAGCUGCGGGCGGGGGCAGCGAUCGUCAGCCGGACGGGAGGAUCCUGGAGGCUCCCAACCUCCGUGUGUUCACGUUCGCGGAGCUCAAGGCGGCCACCCGGAGCUUCAAGCCGGACACCGUGCUCGGCGAGGGAGGGUUCGGGCGGGUGUACAAGGGCUGGGUCGACGAGCGGACCAUGGGCCCCGCGCGGAACGACAGCGGCGGCCUGCCCGUCGCCGUCAAGAAGCUCAACCCCGAGAGCUUGCAGGGCGCGCAGGAAUGGCAGUCCGAGGUGAACUUCCUCGGGAGGCUUUCGCAUCCCAAUCUGGUGAGGCUGCUGGGGUACUGCUGGGAGGACAAGGAGCUCCUGCUGGUGUACGAGUACAUGGCCAAGGGCAGUCUGGAGAACCACCUCUUCGGAAGCGAGCCACGCAAAGGCGGCGGAGGAGCCGUGCAGCCACUUCCGUGGAGCCUCCGGCUGCGCAUCGUGACCGGCGCCGCCCGCGGGCUGGCCUUCCUCCACUCGUCGGAGAAGCACGUCAUCUACCGGGACUUCAAGGCCUCCAACAUCCUUCUGGACACGCACUUCAACGCCAAGCUCUCCGACCUGGGGCUCGCCAAGGACGGCCCCGCCGGCGGCAGUAGCCACGUCACCACCCGCGUCAUGGGAACCUACGGGUACGCGGCCCCAGAGUACGUCGCCACAGGCCACCUGUACGUGAAGAGCGACGUCUACGGCUUCGGCGUGGUGCUGCUGGAGGUCCUGACCGGCCUGCGCGCGCUGGACACGGACCGGCCGACGGCGCAGCACAGCCUGGUGGACUGGGCCAAGCCCUACCUGGCGGACCGCAGGAAGCUGGCGCGCCUCAUGGACCCGCGGCUCGAGGGGCAAUACCCGUCGCGGGGCGCGCAGCGCGCGGCGCAGCUCACGCUGCGCUGCCUCGCCGCCGACCAUAAGAACCGGCCCUCCAUGCGGGAAGUCGUGGCGGUGCUCGAGGAGAUCGAGUCCAUGUCGUCCAGGGCGGCAACGAGGCUGGAUGGCUCGGCGUCCCCGCGCCCCACGCCGCUGCGGAACGGCCACAGCCAGCGCCCCGGGUCGUCGGGCUCUACCUUGGACUGGGCUGGCCCGGCUCCGGCUCCGUCUGCUAGAGUGACAAGGUAGACAGUUAUAGUACGUUUGAGCUUGAGCUAAGCAUUUUCAAUGUGCUCUUGUAUUUGCGGCGCAUAGUACCCCACAUCAAGAACUGGACUGCAGUAAUGGAGCCUAUUGCAGCUGAUGAUAAUCCAUACCCGUUUUGAAUUAAACCAAGUGCAUCUGAUUGACUAAUUGAAUA